ACGGGGCGCGCCCUCAUGUGGGCGUGGCCUGAGCAAGAUGGCGGCGCCCAUGGGCCCCUCGGGGGGCGUGACUGCGCUGGUGGGAGGGGGCAGCGGAGCCGCCAGCCGCAGAGCCCGGGCGGCGGGAGCAGGAGGAUGGAGGGGAGCAGCCCGCUCCGGCCCCAAGACUUCCCUGCGUUGAAGAAUGACACGUUCCUUCGAGCGGCAAGAGGGGAGGAGACGGAGUACACCCCGGUCUGGUGCAUGAGGCAGGCCGGCCGCUACCUCCCAGAGUUCCGGGAGACUCGAGCUGCCCAGGACUUCUUCGCCACCUGCCGAAGCCCGAAGAUGUGCUGUGAACUGACCCUGCAGCCGCUGAGGCGAUUUCCCCUGGAUGCUGCCAUCAUCUUCUCCGACAUCUUGGUGGUGCCCCAGGCGCUGGGCAUGGAGGUGGUGAUGGUGCCCGGCAAAGGGCCCACUUUCCCGGAGCCCCUCAAGGAGGUGGAGGACCUGCUGAAGCUGCGGCAGAAGGUGGACGUGUCGGAGGAGCUGGGCUAUGUCUUCCAGGCCAUCACACUGACCCGGCACAGCCUGGAGGGCAAAGUGCCCCUGAUAGGCUUCUCCGGGGCGCCGUGGACCCUCAUGUCCUACAUGAUCGAAGGCGGCGGCUCCAGUACCAUGGCCAAGGCCAAGCGCUGGCUGUACCGGCACCCCGAGGCCAGCCACCGCCUGCUGCAGCUGCUGCGGGACGUCAUCGUGGAGUACCUGGUGGGCCAGGUGGCAGCCGGCGCUCAGGCUCUCCAGCUGUUUGAGUCCCACGCCGGGCACCUGGGCCCCGAGCAGUUCCGGGAGUUUGCCCUGCCCCACAUCCAGGACAUUGCCAAGCACGUGAAGAAGAAGCUGCAGGCAGAAGCGCUGCCCCUGGUGCCGAUGAUCGUCUUUGCCAAGGAUGCGCACUAUGCUCUGGAGGAGCUGGCCCAGGCUGGCUACGAGGUGAUCGGCCUGGAUUGGACCAUCCAGCCCCAGGCAGCUCGAGAGCGGACGGGCCACCGCGUUACCCUCCAAGGGAACCUGGAUCCCUGCGCCCUGUAUGCACCCAAGGAGAAGAUCGGGGAGCUGGUGAAGAGGAUGCUCGAGGGGUUCGGGACCCAGCGCUACAUCGCCAACCUGGGCCACGGGCUGUACCCCGACAUGAGCCCCGAGCACGUGGGUGCUUUCGUGGAAGCUGUGCACACGCACUCCCGUCACCUCCGGACGGCCGCCUGAGGUGCACGGGACCUGCCGGCAAGAAGACUGCGCAAUGCCGGCCCAGGGAGCGGCAGAGCAGGAGCACAGGCUGGUGGCUCUGCUGUCUGGGCACGGGGGUCUCGGCCUGCCUGGCCUGGGCACCGAAUUAAAGCUCCUUGUUUCUCA